ACCCUGGGAUGAGGACGCGCGGUGCGGGUGCGAGCGAGCGCGCACGACAGCGGCUCGCGCUCCUUUCAAAUCGAUUCCGUCCCCAGAGAGGAAAAAAAAGCAGCCAGUUUCUAAAAAUAGACCAGCCGUUUAGCUGCCCGGCGCCCCGAUUGGCGGGCGGUAGUCACGUGCCCAACCGCCAGCUCUCCCUCCCUCCCUCGGCUCCGUCUCUUUUAGCUUGUUUGUUCAGCGAGUGUCAGUGAAGCGGGCGAAACAUGGCGGAAUCCCUCGGCAACCAACACUGAUCGCUUCCGCAGUCUUGCUGCGCGGACAGACGCCCGUUGAUCUCACGCCUGUCCUCUCUCCUCUGUCACCGACUGCGUAUUUUGCAGGUUCACAGUUGGAAGUGGAGUGAAGAAAAUACCUAAUUUGGAAAGUAGUUCUUUGGCUGAAGAACAGGAUGCUUUACUGACCAAGAGUUUAUUAAUUUACCAAAUUGUAUGUAUUCCUGGAGCCCUUGGGGGCUGCCAUUUAAUUUGCUUGGAAAAUUUGACCCAUUGAUACUUGCUGCCUGUCUAAAUGAUGACCUCUCAAAGCCAUUCAGAUGGACUUUCAGUUCGAGACCAGUCAGUUGAGCUGUUGACUCCCUCAAGAGUGAAUCACAUGUCCAGCACUGUUGAUAUAAGCACAGCACUGCCUCAAGUCCACACUAGUACACCAAUGGAUCUUCGGCUUGAUCAUCAGUUUUCAGUGUCACCAGCCGAUCCUAGUGUGCGAGAGCAGCAAUUACAACAGGAACUGAUUGCUCUGAAGCAAAAACAACAGAUUCAACGGCAGCUUCUUAUCGCAGAAUUUCAAAGGCAGCAUGAGCAGCUCUCACGACAACAUGAAGCCCAACUACAAGAGCACAUAAAGCAUCAACAGGACUUGCUUGCAUUGAAACACCAACAGGAAAUUUUGGAACAACAGCGUAAAUUGGAGCAGCAUCGCCAAGAACAGGAAAUAGAAAAAAAACACAGAGAACAAAAACUACUUCUGUUGAAGAACAAGGAAAAAGGAAAAGAAAGUGCAGUAGCAAGCACAGAAGUGAAAUUAAGACUUCAGGAGUUUGUCCUCAAUAAAAAGAAAGCUGCAGCGCAUAGGGCAAUAAACCAUUCCAUUCCAAAUGACCCAAGAUAUUGGUACGGUAAAACCCAACAUGGUUCACUAGACCAGAGUUCUCCACCUCAAAGCAGCAUGUCUGCCUCAUACAAUCAAACAGUCCUGGGGAUGUAUGAUCCCAAAGACGACUUCCCACUCAGAAAAACAGCAUCUGAGCCGAACUUAAAGGUACGGUCCAGACUAAAACAGAAAGUGGCAGAGAGAAGAAGUAGUCCUUUACUACGGAGAAAAGAUGGCAGCGCCAUAACCACACUUAAAAAAAGACCCAUGGAUGUUCCAGAUUCAGCGUGCAACAGCGCCCCUGGAUCUGGCCCAAGCUCACCCAACAACAGUUCCAACAACAUCACUACAGAAAAUGGGAUAGCUGGACCAGUCACCAGCAUCCCAACUGAGCCUACUUUAGGUCACAAAAUUGUUGCUCGAGAUGGCACUGUGACGCAAAUACCGUUGUAUACAUCACCAUCUUUGCCCAACAUAACUCUUGGCCUACCAGCCACAGGCCCAGCCAGUGGAGCUGCUGGACAGGCAGAAUGCGAUAGAGUGAGCAUGCAAGGACUCCCAUUGAACACUCCAUUUAUUACUGGUGCUCAUUUGCCGCACUACAUUGCAACGGCGUUGGAUAAAGAUGGCUCUGGUGGACAUGCACCUCUUUUGCAGCAUAUGGUCUUAUUAGACCAGUCUACACCUCAGAGUCCAUUAGUAACUGACUGGUAUCUUUCAGGAUUGGGAGCGUUGCCUAUUCAUCCACAAUCGCUUGUUGGCCCAGACAGAGUUUCACCUUCUAUACACAAGCUUAGACAGCACCGUCCAUUGGGGAGGACACAAUCUGCACCACUGCCACAGAACGCUCAGGCCCUGCAACAGUUGGUCAUACAGCAGCAACAUCAACAGUUCCUGGAGAAACAUAAGCAACAGUUCCAGCAACAACAGAUUCACAUUAACAAGCUGAUUCCAAAGCCUAGUGAACAACCCAGGCAGCAUGAAAGUCACCCCGAAGAAACAGAAGAGGAGCUCAGAGAACAUCAAGCCAUGCCAGAAGAACAGUAUUCUGACAGAGGUAUGAACGAAAAUGAGUCAGCAACUGUGACCAAAGUGGUACAGGUCAAACAAGAACCAAUUGAAAGUGAUGAAGAAGAUGAUCAGCGAGAGCAACAGGAACUGGAGCUGGAACAAAGAAAGAGACAGGCUGAACAACAGGAGUUACUCUUCAGACAGCAAGCCUUGCUUCUGGAACAGCAACGUAUCCAUCAGCUUCGCAAUUACCAAGCAUCGAUGGAGGCAGCAGGGAUUCCAGUGUCCUACAGUGGACAUCGCCCCCUGUCCCGAGCACAGUCAUCACCCGCUUCUGCCACUUUUCCUAUCUCUGUUCAAGAACCACCCAGUACACCUCAAUUCACUACAGGUCUUGUUUAUGAUACUCUGAUGUUGAAGCACCAUUGCACUUGUGGCAAUACAAAUAGCCACCCUGAACAUGCUGGGAGAAUCCAGAGUAUCUGGUCUCGACUGCAAGAGACAGGCCUACGCAGCAAAUGUGAGUGCAUCAGAGGAAGAAAAGCAUCGUUGGAGGAACUGCAAACUGUUCAUUCGGAGCAGCACGCAUUAUUGUAUGGCACUAAUCCAUUGAACAGACAGAAGCUGGACAGUAAGAAGCUACUAGGUUCCAUCACUCCAAUGUUUGUUAUGCUUCCUUGUGGCGGACUUGGAGUGGACAGUGACACGAUUUGGAAUGAGAUCCAUUCGUCCAGUGCUGCACGUUUAGCAGUGGGAUCUGUGAUUGAACUUGUUUUCAAAGUGGCAACUAAGGAAUUGAAGAAUGGAUUUGCGAUUGUGAGGCCACCUGGUCACCAUGCAGAGGAGAGUACACCAAUGGGAUUCUGCUACUUCAAUUCUGUGGCCAUCGCUACUAAGCUCCUACAACAGAGGUUGAAUGUCAGCAAUAUCCUUAUUGUGGACUGGGAUGUUCAUCAUGGUAAUGGCACCCAGCAGGCAUUCUACAACGACCCCAACGUGUUGUACAUUUCUCUGCAUCGCUAUGAUGAUGGCAACUUCUUCCCAGGCAGUGGAGCCCCAGAUGAGGUUGGGACGGGUGCAGGCGUUGGAUUUAAUCUCAAUAUAGCUUGGACUGGUGGUUUGGAUCCACCAAUGGGUGAUGCUGAAUAUAUGGCUGCAUUUAGGACAGUGGUGAUGCCCAUUGCUAAUGAGUUUGCUCCUGACAUGGUUCUUGUAUCCUCUGGAUUUGAUGCUGUGGAAGGACAUCCAGCUCCUCUUGGAGGCUACAAAGUCACUGCUAAAUGUUUUGGCUACCUUACCAAACAGCUGAUGGGCCUGGCUGGAGGCCGUGUCGUGCUCGCCCUGGAAGGGGGCCACGAUCUUACUGCCAUUUGCGAUGCCUCAGAAGCAUGUGUUUCUGCUUUACUUGGAAAUGAGCUUGAGCCAUUUGCACAAGAUAUUUUGCAGCAAAGACCAAAUCCCAAUGCGGUUCGCUCCAUUGAGAAUGUAAUCGAAAUACAGAGUAAAUACUGGAAAUCGCUCCAGCGAUUAUCCUCCACAGUCGGCUACUCCUUGAUAGAGACCCAAAAAUGCGACAAGGAAGAAGCUGACACGGUGACAGCUAUGGCCUCGUUGUCAAUGGGAGUUAAACAAGGACCUGAUGCUGAGAAGAGGCCAGAUGAUGAACCCAUGGAGGAAGAGCCACCAAUGUAGUUUCCAGCUGGAGUUCUCUCUUUUGCACACAAUAUCUUUAUUUCUCUAACUCUGCCAGACUUCAUUCUGUAUCUCCUGUGUCCUGCUGUGGUGUUCUUCCAGAAUACAAGGACUACUGGGCAAUAUGCUGGCAAUAAACAAAAAGUAAAGAUGUUUUUACCUCUGUCCAUUCCUGAAAUAGGUUUGUGGGACAGCCAGCAUUUACUUUGGCAGAGUCACCAAGGAGGUGUCAUCUCAAAAGCUCUGCUCUGAGUUUACCUACUCAAAAGUUCUCCUGUCUCAGGCAGUCAACCACUGUUUCUAUUGUUCUUGUCCUUUAACAAAGGAGUUCAUGCCAUCUAUGAGUCCAGAUGCAUUGAUUGUAAUCUCAACAAACCCAAGUGGCAUACAGUAAUAAUUUGAAGAACAUUACAGUGUGGAGAGAAAGACUAUACCAGAAUGGAAGAGAAGCAUGGGGGUGUUUUCUAAGAAGCCCUUUGAAGACAUGAGCGUUUGUGCCUUUUUAACAACAGAUGGUUGCUGACUUUUGAAUGGGGAGCAAUGCCUUAAAAGUGUGGAAAUAAUUCCUCCACUGUUGUGAUGUGGAAAAGAUGGUGGUGAAGCCUUCUCUUUCCUGGCAUGCGUGCAAAAAAAGGUCCAGUCACUAGCUGGAUUUUCAUACCGAGUUGGAAUACCAUUUUUGCUGUUUUUUCCAAACAAAACCUAGCCUAUUUUAAGGUAGUUGCCAGUCCAGAGUGGCAGAUUAUACUGUUGAAAAUUGUCAGGUUACCAUUAAAAACCUGCUUUACUUAUUACGCUGGGUUUAUAUAACACUGAGUAGUAUAGGGAAUCAACCAAUAACAAAGCAUGUGUUAGGUUGACUUGCAACAGAUAAACAUGUUUAAAGGUUGGAAUGUUACUCAAAAGCAUGAUGCAGGAUUUUGUUUUCCAAACUUCCACUUCUGUGGUCCUCAUUUCUAAUAGAAAUUGAAAACAUAAACUAAUAAUAAUCUGUUAUCCAUUAGACAAUGAGGUUUUUUGACAAAAAGACCAGGUAAUUUGUUAAUAGUACAGGAGAUAAUCAUGUACAAAUGUUUUCUUAACAGACCAAGUUUGAUUUUAUUAUGUGGGCACUUAGAGGGGAAAUUAUGGCUUUUACUGAAGAUGAGAGAAGAUGGAUUGUGGACACUUAGAGGAGCACCUCACUGAAUGUUUGUGGUCAGACUUGGCAACUACCUUAACCAUUGCAUUUUAUUUUAUUUGUGUUCAUUUUUACUUCUGGUAAACCAUUUAACAAAAUAAUAUCUACUUUUUAUAUAAAGAGAUCCUUAAGUUUUUAAAUCAUGUUUCAUAAGACCUGAUAACUUUUUUUAAUUACUUUUCUCGUGAGAAUUCCAGUUACUUUACCCACUGGUAUUUUGAUGAGAUUAUUUUUGACUCUUUUGUGAUUAGUCCGUGGUUCCAGUCUAAUUUUAAUCUUCUGUAUUUUUCCCCCUUACAUGGAACAUAGCUUUCUGAUGGUUUAGAAGAAAUGUACUGGAGAUUUACAGGAGGAUGUACUUUGAGUGAGGGAUCUUGUUCAAACUUUGUGUAACAAUUCCAGUUGGUGUAUAUUACUAUAUGUUCUGUUAUGAGUAGAUUUAUAAAUGAAGUCUUGUAAGAAUAGUAUUGCAAGGUGAUAUCAUACACAUUUAAAUAUGAGUAAUACUACAGUGAUACUAUAUUUGAUAUUUGUAACUGGUUGCACUGCAGAAGGCUGCCAUUUGCUAAGGGGGAAUUAGCAUUAAGGUUUUCAGUUGCUGCACUCUGAAACCAAGAAGGAAGGGUGAUGUUUUUUUUGUUGAAGGACUGAUUGUUUUUACAUUGUGAUCUAGGAGCUGUGCUUAUCAGCUAUUGACAAGGAUGGGGAGAACUUGGCUCUGAGCCCCUGGUUGAUUCCAUUCUGCAGGUGCUUGGGUUGGCCCCACAAUGUGACUAAUGCUGGUUGAAACUUGGAUUGUUAAGAAGGUACACUGUCCUGCCAUCUGUUCAUGUAUACACGCACGCUCAGUCUGCAAUUUAUGGGACAAUUGACAUGGGGGUCAUUAAGUGGUAACUUUUUUUCUCUGAGUAAAUGGUUUUCAUUCCUUCUUUUUGUAAUGGUUUCUUGAAGCUUAAUGAAUUUGGCGCUGUGAGGAUUAUGUGGAGCAUGUGUGCGUGUACGAGAUGUUUGGCAACACUGAAUAAGGGCACUACUGUAUUUUUGUUUUAAAACAGAUUUACACAACAUAAAUAUAACCAGCUGUAAUCUUUAAGAUAGUGUUCCACACUUUCUAUAGGAUUAUGUAUGUUUGAUUGCAAAGCAAUUAACACAUCAAUUCUGUGACUUUUAAGAAACUGUUUGCAUCUACUCUUGAUGUUAAACAUUCCUUUAAAUAAGUGGAGUUAAGUAUUCAUUCCUUUUUUUGAUAAGUGAAUUUAAACAUUGUUUUUAAAAGGCCCAUUGUUUGUUUUCUUUUAAGGGGCAUUGAUCUUUUUUCAUUUAAUGGGAGUCAGUGAGCUUGCAUGUGCCACAAACAGAAGAUACCAUUUGUUCUGUACAGGUAUGCACGCAAUUUGCAUCGUUAUUUCUGGGGCAGUUUACCGAGUUUCGCUUUUUUUUCUUGGCAUCUGUGGAAGAGGAUUAACGUUUUUUUUCUGAUGAACAUACCAGAAAACCUCAGAAGCAGAUCACUCUUUUAUUGAAAUAUCUUCAAAUAUCACUCUUUAAUACUGUUAUAAAUUGAUACAUAAAUUUGACAACAAUUAUCUAGCACUUGUGUCAUACAAAUAGACUAUUGCAUAAUCUGCAUAUAAAAUUUUAAGAACACAGCAAAGAAAAAUUGUAAAACUGUUAACUGCCUGUGUCGUCUUGGGGCCAACCCUUUUGAGACAAGCAAUUCUUUUCUGAACUAAGUAUUUAAGAUCAUAAACAAUUAACCUUUCAGCGCAGCUGUUCUUUAUCUCUUCCACCAUAAAUCGUGUAGCGGUAAUCCACUUAGCAGUUGUGUAUUGUGAUCGAUGUGGAUGAAUAUUUACAAAGAAAGGUUUUUUUUGGGGGUGAUAUUGUUGUUACGAAGUAGGAGUGAUGGCUACCUGACAGCCUCACUUUACUUCAUGUUUUGAUAUUGACUGCAAAGUAUCACAUUACGGUGUAUUACAUUUUGUGCUCCAUAGUGGAGGCGCCUUUUGUUUUCUUUUCCAGUUUGAGAGGAGGAAAAAGUGUGAGAAGAAUUUUAAAGUUAGUUCACCCAAAAAUCUUUUAUUUCAGGUAUGUAGUAAUAGAAGUUGUAACUAUAUUUUAUCCUUCUUUGUACCCAUCCACACACAAAAUGACGCCACCAUUGUUAUCAGUACCAGUAAACUGAUUUUCUGUAUUUUAACCACAAUCAAUUAUUGUAUGGACCUACUUUAUUGGUGAUAGCCUUAUUGUGGUAGCUUUUGAUGGUCUUCAUUUGCCUGUUGAAAUGGGUCGGCCUUUCAGACUGACUAAUGGUGUAUCUCCUUGACAGUACAGACUUCAUUUUUGACUUUAUUAGGAGUCCAGUAUUUUGUACCACAUUAUGACAACUUGCUAUUGUGGUGUAAAUAAAACUAAUUACAACAUCACA